CUUCCGAAGUGAAUCUGCUGUGUAACGGUCACGUGACCGAGCAGUACAGUUUCCAUGAAUAUAACGCUUACCGCAACAAGAAACAAGUGCGUAGGCAAACUACAGGAAGUCGCAUCAGUGAGAUUGGACGUUUCAGUAGCAGUCCCUGUUGAAUUUUCCAACGUACGAAGAAAAUGACGAUCGACCUCUACUAUUUGCCCCAAAGCGCUCCAUGUCGUGCAGUUAUUCUGACAGCCAACGCCGUCGGAGUUCAGCUCAAUUUGAAAUACUUGGAGCUGUUCAAAGGGGAGCACAUGACGCCCCAGUAUCUUAAGCUGAAUCCCCAGCACACCGUACCAACCCUAGACGACAACGGGUUUACUCUAGGCGAAAGUCGCGCCAUCAUCUGCUACCUGGUGGAACAAUAUGCCAAAGAUGACUCUCUCUAUCCGAAGGAGGCGAAGAAGCGCGCUCUUGUUAACCAUAAGCUCUACUUCGACGCUACAACUCUGAAUCAAAGAUUCUUAAACUAUUAUGUACCGAUCAUGUUUGAAGGGGCCGAGCCAGUCCCAGCCCAAUAUAAGAAGCUGGAGGAGGCAUAUGAAAUUUUCGACAAGUUCCUAGAAGGACAGACGUGGGCAGCUGGUGACCACCUCACCAUCGCUGACCUUGCGCUCGUGGCUACAGUAUCCAGCGCAGAAAUACUUGGAUUUGACAUUACGAAGUAUCCAAAUGUCUCCAAGUGGUUUGCGAAAGCAAAGAAGAGCAUUCCUAAAUAUGAAGAACUGAACCACGCAGGCUGCUUGAAGUUCAAGGAAAUGUACGAGAACUUAACUAAAAAGAAAACCACAGCGGUGGUCCGGCUUGCAGACGUGCAUCGAGCAUUUUGUGAAAGCAGUAUGCCUAUUGAUUUGUAUUACGUUCUCGCAAGCCCACCGUGCAGGUCGGUUUUACUACUGGCCAAAGCACUCAAGAUUGAACUGAACUUGAAGGUGACAGACUUAUCAAAAGGAGAAAACAGAACGCCUGAAUUCCUUAAGCUGAACCCCCAGCACGCCAUUCCGACGAUUAAUGACAAUGGAUUUAGCCUUGGAGAAAGCCGCGCCAUUCUCGCGUAUCUUGUGAAUCAGUACGGCAAAGAUGACUCGCUGUACCCCAAGGAUCCUAAAAAACGUGCCACUGUUGAUCAGAGACUAUACUUCGACAUCGGAAAACUGACCGCAGGUUUCCUGGAUUACUACCUGUACCCCAUCAUGUUUACUGGAUCUGUCGGCGAAAAAGUACACUUGGAUAAACUAGAAGAUGCAUUCAGUAUCUUGGACAAGUUUCUAGAAGGGCAGACCUGGGUUGCUGGAGACAGUAUUACCAUUGCCGACUACUCCAUCGUUAGUACAGUGUCAAGCAUUGAGGCCCUUGGAUUUGACGUCAACAAAUAUCCUAACGUGGCCAAAUGGUACUCAAGAGCUCAGAAAACAAUGAUCGGCUAUAAGGAAAUAAAUGAAGAAGGUGCUCGGCAACUCGGAGAGAGCUUUAAGAAAUUACGGAAAUGAAAUAUCCUCACUGGAGAUGUGCUGAGUUUCUGUGAAAAUAACAAGUAAAAUAAAUUCACUGCUAUAUAUUAAAAUUGGAUUCUGCACAACAGAGCAAAAUCGAAAUAGUUAUGACAUGUAUUGUGCUUUUAAUUUUGUAGCAAUCAAUUUAUUUACUCUUACUAUGACUCGAAUACGUAACAUGAUGAUGGUAAAAAUCAGUAUUUAAAUUCCAAUUUUCUAAUGUUAAUCGAUAAAUAAUGGUAAUAAAAUAGAACAGGUUGCCAAGAAGUAA